AUUCGGUUUCUUGAUCCAUCUGGAGAAUUUCCUGUAUUCCCAUGGUUCUGAUAGCCGGUAAAAAUAAUGCUAAAUGUAUGUAGGCAAUAUGCCAGUGGUGUCUAGACACGCGCUCUGUGAUGACAUGACAAUUUUAUUUGACAACUGAAAGAUUGUCACUAUCUAGAUUUUUAGAAAGAAAAUCGCCUCUUCUCUUGAUGGUGUAGCGAGCAGUCUCAAUAUCGGGCAUGUAUUUUCUAGAAUACCGACGCUGCAUAUCGAUGUGCUAAAACAUGGGUGAAGAUAGACGCUGUUUUACCAAAAAUCAAUUGAACUUUUUCCGUGUUUGCCAUUUGGCGACAAAUGUUUUACCCCGUGAACUUCGCGAAGUGUUUGUUCAGCAGUGGAACUUACUGUACUCCAGACAAUAUGGUCCGUGGAUCAAUAAUCCCAAAAAUGGUCAAGACUUCGUUUCUUUGGAAUCAGAAGCCAACAAAAGGCGAAAUAGAGAAAUGUUGAAUCGUAUGGGAAACGGCGAUGUUGAAUCUUGGGAUUGCACGAUGCUCUUUUAUGCACUCCUCUAUUCCACGUCAGUUGGUAGAAACACAGAUGACGAAACUCGCGAGCACGUGAACAAAUUACGAGAGUUCAGGAAUGUAUCAUUUGCCCACGUGAACAAAGGCGAAGUAACCUCUGACGAUUUCCAGGUCAUCUUAAACAGGAUUCUUCAAGCUCUUCUGGGAUUACGGCGUGAUACCUCUCCUGUGAAGAAAGUUCAAAAUUUAAAUUCCUUUUCCACUGACGAGGUUUAUGAACUUCAAGGGAAACUUGAAGCUGAAAAGAUUGCGCAAGAGGAAAUGGAGAAAAGGCUUUGUAAUCUUGAAGAUAGGGUGACGAAGCUUGAGAAGAAAUCGUGUUUCGCUGACUACAAUGACGAAUAUGAGUACUCUAAUAUAGUUGAUUUGACUUUGAGAAAGAACAAAUUUCUCGCCCCAAUUUUGAAUUUACCAGAGAAACCUUGUCAUCCCGUUCUUCGACGUCACCAAGUGAACGAGGUUAUCAAGACUUUAUAUGAUCUACGAAUCAUGCACGAUGAUAAAAUCACGUUGGUUUAUGUUAUCGGGGAGCCUUUAUCUGGAAAAACGGAAUGUGUCAGGCAGGUUGGUCAAGCCUUGGUGAAGCAAAAAUCAGUCAUUGCAACUAUUCGAUGUAGUUGUAUGGAAACAUUCGCCUCAUCCCUAAAACAACUUGCGCAUAGUUUGGGAUUUCGAGAAGAAAACUUUCCGUCUUUCCAUAAAGCUUCACUUACAUCGCGUAUUGAAUUGCAUUCGUUGUUCGUGAAGGAGAAAUUAUCGGGAUUGCCAUGGUUAAUCAUAUUGGAUGAUGUAAUGGAGGAGACCAAGGAAUUGUUAAGUUACAUUCCUCAGCCCGGAGAUCAAGGUACAGGUCAGAUCAUUGUCACAACGCCAGACCGUUCUUUGCUUACUGAUAAUCCGUGCUCGGUUCCAGUGGUUCUUGAUAGGCUGACCUCGUCUGAAUCAAUGCAGUUGCUAUCACAACUAAGUGGUGAUAUCCCGCAGGAUCUUGCUCAAUUUGUAUCAGAAAAAUUGAAACUACAACCGCCUCUUCUUGUAUCGGCAGCAAAACGCGUAGACCUUUUGUCGAAAAGAAAGAGGAAACCAGUUGGCGAAACAUGGACGGAAGUACUGGAAAAUAUAAAAAGUCGUUACAAGGAAGAAGAAUGGCCGUAUUAUAUUUCAGCGUUGGAUGAAAAAACUCGCACUUCACUGGAGUCUGUUGCUCUGACGGUUAUCGGUCGAAGCCUUGUCAUCGAAGAGUGUUUCCAUGUACUAGUCUUGGCAAAAGGAUCUUAUUUGCCUCUUCAGUUUGUCACUCGAUUUCUUGCAAGUAGCUUGAACCUUACAGAUAAAGAAGUUGAACAAACACUCCGAAAUUCACCACUUCUUCACGUACAUCCUAACGAUAACAUUGCCAUCAGUGGUGUUAUUUACAAAAUAUUAUGUGAUCUGUUAGCUUCGGCUGUAAGAACAGAACGCAUGAUCCGCCGUUUAAGAGGACUAUGCAAAUUUUGUGUUUCAAACACACAUGAUUCUGCUAUUGGGAAAGUAUUCAAACUUUUGUCUUCGAAGAUUAUGCAAUAUUUAGCAUUGCUAGAUCUCUGCUUUCCAGAGUGUGAAGAACAGAGAAGCCUUCACUAUGAUUUAGGAAAGGUAUUCCUCUGUGUUCUGGUUGACUAUAGCUCGGCUGUUCGUUGUUUCACGAAGGCAAUUUCGAUAUUUGAAGGAUCAAACGAUAUUUCUCAUCCGGAAUAUGCGCAGCUGUUGGCCAGUUUGGGAAAUGUUCUACGAUUAACUGGAAGCAUGGAAGAUGCUUGUAAGUACCUGAGCAAAUCAUUGAAGAUCUUGAAAGUAGUUUUGCAAGGAAACGUCACGGAGGAUGUUGCAAGUUGUUUGAGCAGUUUAGGCCUAGUGUGUCUCUCGCAAGGUAACACGGAUCGAGCCAAAGAGUUGCACUAUCGCGCUUUGGACAUUCGUGAACAAAUCCAUGGCAACGACCAUAUUACGACAGCAACCAGUCUUAACAACAUCGGCGGAGUGUACCAUGAGUGUGGCGAUUUGGCAACAGCGAAAGAUUUUUACUGGAAAGCACUUGAGAUAAAAGGUCGAAACUACGGUUGGGAUUUUCCUCACGUUGCCAACAGCUUUAAUAAUAUUGCCGAGAUUUCACACGAGCAGGGUGACCUGUGUGGUGCGAUAUCCAUCCACAAACGCGCAUUGAAGAUUCGUCAGCGUCUCUAUGGUGACGAACACCCGGAUGUUGCUAAUAGUCUGAAUAACAUUGGGAUUAUACAUCAUCAGUUGGGGGAGCUGUCCGCGGCAAGGAAUUAUCAUAACAAAGCAUUGAAUAUUCGAAAGCGUGUCUAUGGCAAGGAGCAUCCAGAGGUAGCAUGCUCUUUGAACCGUCUGGGCGAAGUUUACUAUGAUGAAGGCGACCUGGCAGCCGCAGAGGAUUGUCAUACCCAGUCCCUUCGCAUUCGACAGCACCAUUCAGUGACGUCAUGUCAUCGUGAAGUUAUUUCGACCUUGCAUAAUCUGAUGAUGGUAUACAUCGCGGACCAAAAGAUUUCCAUAGCAACGGAAUAUGCUUACGAGGUGUUCAAAGUUUGUGAAAAGAUACACGGUAUGCGAGAUUCUAGGACGGUGAAAGCUUUUAGGAAAUUGACGGAGCUUUCCAAACGACAGUCUCAUGGACAGGGAUUUGAUUUAUCUGCAGCUGUGCACGAGCAGGUUGAAAGAUUGUCGUCUCUGUAACAGUGCAACGACGUUUCAGGAAAUUUCCUGUUCCGACGGCUGUAAUUCAACACUAUUUUGUGGGGAUUGCUUUGCAGUCAGUUGAACAAUGCUACAGUCAAUAUGAAUUAGAAAAUAAGAGAAACGAAAAUGGAUGAUUUUAGAUAGUUGAGGGAAAAUGGUAAUGUGGUUCAGAGAUGCAUUUGCAAAACGAAAUACUGAAAAUUGGGGAUAACGUAUCCUAAUUGCGAAUUCAAUUCACUUCUGACGUAGGGAAUGUAGUAUGCUAUUGAUAAAGCAGUACUGCAUUGGCUUCAGUGUAUUUGCUCCUCAUAAACAUCAUAAGACAACAGACUAUAAAACAUCCAUUAGAAGUGAAUUGGAUCCAAUAUAGUUGGAUGGUGUGAAUAGACCUUAAUAUUACUAAAAACUAAUUAGAUUUGUGACGACAGUUUAUCACGAAAUAUUUUUGGACUUUUUUACCUUCUGACCAUGAUUAUCAACUCUAAGCUUACGUUUAAGCCCGUUUUCCACAAGGUAAGCGAGAAGAGGCGGAAAGACUAAUAAAAUUCGGCUAGGCGUUAACGAAAAGUAUAAUAGACCUUUUUCAUAAUGACGUCAAACGCGGAAAGUGUGAUGCUACACCAAUCUUGAUUUGUUCGAUAGUUUUGUGGAGCCAAUCAAAUUUCGUGUAACAUCAGACUUUCCGCGUUUGACGUCAUUAUAAGAAAGGUCUAUUGCUGGAAUCAUUUUUUGCUAGUGAGUCACUUUGCUGAAUAUACUUUCGCAAGUCGACCUAUAACUCGACCUGGUGAAAAGCGCGGCUUUGAGGUUGUGAUUGCAAAUAGUUUUAAUGAUGUGAUGAUGCUUCUAAAUUGCAGUUUAGAUCUGUUUAUGGAGAUAACCUUGUUCUUUUUAUUAGUUUGUGUUAAUAACGAAUGUUGAAGUUAGUGAUGUCAUGUAUAAAGGCGGCGAGUGCUGCACUAUGCAACUUUUUUUGCAAUCUUGCAACUGAAAAUGCAUUUCUACUCCUGAGGCAUAACAACUAAACGAACAUUCUUACGAACUUCUAACGUUUUCAUAGCACUUCGUAGACACUUUACAAAUUAUCAUCCCUCAAAAUUAUUGCAUUAUUGCAUUGCAAGUUGCAGGAAAAUUUGCUUAUUGUUUGAUCAAGACUUAAAGCUAUUAAUAAUGUGUUAAUUUUAAUG